AUGCUCUUCUACCCAUCGUCCUCAACGUUUGUCGUCUCCAACUCACCAAUUUUUCCUCCCACCAUCCAUCCAUCUACAAAUCUAUUUGCAACCUACUCCCAACUUCCCACUUCUGACGACCAUGGCUACCACAUCUUCAACCUUCAAUUUAACACCACCAUUCCUUCCAUAAACCUCGAUCAAACCAAUGGUAGUAUUUCAUCAAUCGAAUGUGAUUCGUCCACCAAUUCUAUCACGUUAAUAUUAUCCAAAGAGUCGUCCGAAAGUUUUAUUGAUGCUGUUGUAAACUGGCCUGAUAAAGUAAUGCUUCUAAUCAGUCACAAAUGGUUUUGCUUUGGGAGCUCGACAACUCAAUUUUACCUGGUCGGCGAUAAGACUGUGGAUUCGGUAAACAGAAAAGUAAGGUUCAAUUCGGAGCCUUGCGAGGUUCUGAAAUGGACAAACGAGUUCUCGUUGGACCUCUCCUGGCGUGCAACAUUAAUAGACAAAUCAGGCACCAUUCCUCUUGACGGACUAUUUGACCCCCGAACAGGGAAAACCUCACGUCCCAAUAUUCCCCUGAAUUCCGAUUUGGUUUGUGCAAACUGCUUCACCCACGGCAGUGCCAAAAUUUCACUGAAAAUCACUGGGUUUGGACCCAUCGUUAAUUCCGUUAGUUUAGAGAUCAGCGGAGAUCUUCUUGUAAACGUUGAUAUAACUACCAAGGGAAUCACACUUAAAUCUCCUGAUGUGAAAUUACUAGACAUCCCAAUAAGGUCCAUCAAAAUACCUGGUUUAUUGAAAAUCGGACCAAGUUUGAUAUUGGAGGCCGAUGCUCAGAUCAAUUUGCAAUUUAAUCGAACGGUUUCCGUGGGGAGUAAAUUGUCGAUACCAGAUUUUGACUUGAAGGCCAAGUUGAGCGGUCAACCUAAAUUUGAUGCAAAUUUUAAGCCAAAAUUUUCAUUUCACAAGCCAAAUCUCUCCAUAAAAAAGACGGUAAGUUUAAUCGGAUCGUUAAAACUUCAGUUGGCAUUGGAAGUGAAUGCAUUAGGCGGAUUGUUUUCAAGGAAAGCGGGAGUGGAGGUGGUUUCGACACUAGGGGUACAGGUUAACUCGACAAAAGUUGUGGGCACAUUAGGAGGAGAUGUAGAUUUUUUCGAGGGUAGUAAGACUUUUCCGAUAGUAAAGUUUCCAAAUUCAAAAUUUACAAAAGAUGUAAAAAGAACGAAGCGUUUUCUAGGAAAACGCAGCGCAAGAACGGAAGGUUUGCUUCUCAGAAAAUCAGUUACUAAGAAUUUGAUGUAG